AUGAUGACAAACCAGAAGCACCUUCUAUCUUUCUUCUUCAUUCUUUUGUUGGCCGGGCUUGGGAGUAUCCAGCUUUCAAUGGCGAAGGAGGUGAUGCGAAUACCAGUUGGGGUAGUUCUUGACUUGAAUUCCUCUGUUGGAGCGAUUGCAGAGAGCUGUAUGACCAUGGCACUCUCAGAUUUUUAUGCUAAGCAUGCCCAUUAUCGAACAAGGCUUGAUCUUCGCACCCGCGAUUCAGCGGAUGAUAUUGUUACUGCAGCAUCUGAAGCCUGGUAUAUGAUGAAGAAAGAAAAAGUGCAGGCCAUCAUUGGACCUCAAAGGUCAGCAGAAGCAAAGUUUGUGAUGGAGCUUGGCAGAAAGGCUAAGGUUCCCAUCAUUUCAUUCUCUGCCACCACUCCCUCUCUUUCUCCAUCUCGGAGCCCAUUUUUUGUCCGGACGGCCUUCGAUGACUCUGCUCAAGUAAAAGCCAUAGCUGCCGUCAUUGAAGCUUAUAGCUGGUUGGAAGUUGUUCUCGUCUAUGAAGACACCGAUUAUGGCAAUGAUUUAAUUCCAUAUCUGGUGGACGCUAUACAGGAGGUUGGUGCUCGAGUACCUUACAGAAGUGUCAUUCCUCCAUCUUCUAAUGACGCUGAAAUUCUAAGGGAGCUUCGCAGGUUAAACUCAAAUUCAACUAGAAUAUUUCUGGUGCAUAUGACUGCCUCCCUUGGGUCCAAAUUCUUUAUACUAGCAAAUAAGGCAGGUAUGAUGAGUGAAGGGUAUGCAUGGAUUGUCACCGAAGGGUUAUCAACUUUUUUAGAUCCUGUGAAUUCGACAACCAUGGAUUCAAUGGAAGGUGUGUUGGGAGUAAGGCCAUAUAUCCCAAUGACAAAAGAUCUUGAAGACUUUCAGUCAAGAUGGAAACAACCAAACAAGAUGACAGCAGGUCUAAACCUCUUUGGAUUAUGGGCAUAUGAUACAGUUUGGGCACUUGCAAUGGCGGUGGAGAAAGUGGGAACAACAAGUUCUAGCUCUAUGAAGCAUAACACAAGUAGAGUCGUUAAUCUUGCAAGCUUGGAAACCAGUAACAUGGGUAAAGAUCUUCUUGAAACAAUCCCAAGUUCAAAAUUUCAAAGCCUAAGUGGGAAUUUCCAGUUGGUCAAGAGACAGUUAGAACCUUCAACCUUUGAGAUAUUCAAUGUGAUUGGCAAUAAAGAAAGGAUUAUUGGAUAUUGGAUUGACCAAAAAAAGGGGCUGUCAAGGCAGCUCAAGUAUGACAAUAGUGAAGCAGAAAAAUCUGAUGUGAAGAGAAGACUCAAGCAAACAAUUUGGCCAGGGGACACCACAGUCCAACCUGCAACAAAGAAACUGAGGAUUGGAGUUCCAAUGAAAGAAGGUUUUAAUGAAUUUCUAAAACUGGAAAACAAAAGCAUAUCGGGAUUUGCUGCUGCUGUCUUCUUUGCUGCACUGGCUAAACUACCAUUUCCACUUCCCCAUGACUUCUUUUCCUUCAACGGGACAUAUGAUGAUGUUCUUUGCCAAAUCAAAGAAGGGAAGUAUGAUGCUGUGGUGGCAGAUACAACAAUUGUAGCUAACCGCUCAUUGUACGUAGAUUUUACAUUGCCCUAUUCAGAGUCAGGAAUGUCAAUGGUAGUUUUGGUGGAAAAUAAUGAAAGAGACAAUAUUUGGAUUUUCUUGAAGCCGUUAAGUUUGGAUCUUUGGCUGACAACUGGGGCAGCCUUCAUAUUUACAGGUUUUGUGAUAUGGGUUCUUGAACACCGGGUAAACUCUGAGUUUAGAGGUCCACCACAACAACAACUUGGAGUGAUAUUUUGGUUCUCCUUUUCAACUCUUGUCUUUGCUCAUAGGGAGAAAGUGGUGAACAAUUGGUCAAGAUUAGUGCUCAUCAUUUGGGUUUUUGUGGUUCUUAUCCUGACACAGAGUUACACUGCAAGUUUAGCCUCAAUGUUAACAGUGCAGAGAUUGCAGCCUGUAUUUACUGAUAUAAGAGAGAUCAAAAGGAAUGGUUAUAAUAUUGGAUAUCAAAAGAAUUCAUUUAUUAAAGGGUUUCUAAUGGAGAAUUUAAGGUUUGAAGAGUCCAAAUUGAAAGCUUAUGUAACCACUGAGGAGUAUAACCAUGCACUAUCCAAAGGAACAAACAAUGGUGGAGUCGCGGCAAUUUUCGAUGAAAUCCCUUACCUUAAACUGUUCAUUGCAAAGAAUUGUUCCAAGUACACCAUGGUUGGACCAACCUACAAAACUGACGGAUUCGGCUUUGCCUUCCCAAGAGGGUCUCCUCUAGUCUCCUACAUGUCAAGGGCAAUCUUGAAUGUCACUCAAGAAAAAUCUAAGAUGGAUUCAAUUGAGGAGGAGUACUUUGGAAAUAACCAAACCAUCUGUGAUGAUCAAAGUGCCAAAAUUUCUUCAGACGGUCGAAGCCUUCACGUGUACAGCUUCGGGGGACUCUUCAUCAUCACAGGUGUAGUCUCCACGUUUUCACUUUUGAUGUACGUGUACCGUUUCCUUUGCUCACAAUGGCCUACUUUGAGGACCACGAUUCAUUCUGAGAACUCAUUUCGGUGCAAAAUGGUUGAAUUGGCAAAGCAUUUUGACAAGAAAGAUCUCACUUCGCAUCCUUUUACGCAAAGAACAUCCAGAGUACAUGCUAUGGAUACUCCUGAUGAGACAGCUAUAGGAGGUUUACAUGAUGCAAAUGAUAUGCAACACAACUCAGCUGUGGAGAACAAUAUUGAUGUGAAUGAAAAUCAAUCAAAUGGUGGAAAUCUCUUAUCAGGGCAUACUGAUUCAUCUAUCCAUGUACCUAACUUGUCAUCAUAG